AUGUUAGGUCGAUUUGAUUUUUUAGGGAAAUGUAGGCUCUAUUUUGUGGUUGUGUCGCGGUUAUUUUCAUUUGAAGGUGAUUAUGUUGCUUAUCGUUUGUUUUUUGUUUAUUUUGUUUUUUUUACUUUAUCUUUUUUAUUCGUGUGGAGUAGGCGUGUUGUUGUCGAGUUUUCCGCAUUUUAUUUUUUUUGUUGCUUUCUUGGUGGUGUCAUUAGUGGUUUGGCCCAUACGUCCAUGACUCCUGUUGAUUUGGUAAAAUGUGGUGUGCAGGUUGGACUGUACAAUUCUAUGACAGACGGUUUUCGCUCUUUGUGGAGGAAUUGUGGUGGGUGUUGGUUUCGGUCGAUUUCAGUGUUUACGAGAGGGUGGGUUCCUACUUUUUUUGGUUAUUCCUCACAGGGUGGUCUAAAAUUUUUGUUGUAUGAGUUACUGAAGUUUUGGUUUUGCUCAAGGCUUGAAGGAUCUGCCGCAUCUCCGAUGGUGCUCAGCUAUGUUAGCAAAUUGGGUAUUUUUGUCGUCUCUAGCGGUGUAGCUGAGAUCUUCGCCGACGUUGCUUUGGCACCCUGGGAGGCUGUCAAAAUCAUUAUCCAAACAUCAAAUGUUGCCCAUACGGAGUUGUCGUAUUUCUUUCCGCUUGUGUACUCAAGUGAGGGUAUCUAUGGGUUUUAUAAGGGUCUUCCGGCACUCUGGUGCCGACAGGUUCCCUACACCGUUGUCAAAUUUCUCAGCUUCGAGGUUAUUGUACGCCUGGCGUAUCGCUAUUUGUUAACGUCCCCUAGUGACCCCGCACCGAAGUACGUUCAGCUGUUGGUGUCGGUCAUAUCUGGUGUACUUGCCGGUUUCCUUUGUGCAGCAGUGUCUCAUCCUGCAGACACGGUGGUGUCGAAGCUCAAUCAGCGUGUAGAGGGUUCGCCCGCGGCGGACAAGAGGAAGGUGGUCCAGAUUGUUCGGGAACUUGGGUGGAGUGGGCUGUGGAAAGGCGUUGAGCUCCGUAUGAUGAUGACGGGAGCGUUGACAGCUUUGCAGUGGCUCCUAUACGACAGUUUCAAGGUUUCUGUUGGUCUCUCAGCCACAGGUGGCAAUGGGGUCCGCAUCAGUAACCACGUCGACUCAGACGGUAGGCCCCCAGGAGAUAAUAAGUGA